GGUUCGUCUGCCUCUGCCGUCUCGGUCUGCGUCUGCGACUCGGACUCGGCGUUCACGUUCGCCUUCGCGUUCACCGUCGUCACCGUUCCGCGGUUCCACCGUCCACCGUUCACCGUUGCCCGUUGCCCGUUGCCGUUCGUCAGCCGAGUCGGCGGUUCAGCGCCAGUGUUUUGACUGUUUUGUGUUUUGUGUUAUUCUGUAUCUGUAUCUAUCGUAUCUGGUCUCUGGUCUGGUUAUUUCAUUUUCCUCUCGAGUAGAGUAAGGAGUAUUUCGUAUUCGUUGGUCGGUUUUGCGUAUAAUAAUCUACUAAUAAUAUCAUCAUCAUCAUCAUCACCACCACCAUCAGCUUUAUAAUAGGUAUAUAAAGUGAAAUAUUAUCGUUGUUUCGUUUUCGCGGUGAUUAUAUUUUUGUACGAAUCGCGAUCGCGUCCUAAAUCGUAAAUGCGAAUAAUUACGUUUAGGUUUAAUGCACGCCGUUGUCUUGAUUUAGCGAGUGCGCAUUUCGUCGUGCCGAUAUGUUUUGUUGCAGUGAAGUGGUGUUAACUGUUUAGUAAAGUGAAUUGAAAUUUGAAAAAUAUGUAAUUACGCGAGCCGGCGCGGCGGUGCCCACAUGUCAGCGUGUUGUUGAUUCGACAAAAAGUAAAAACGCGCUUUUACAUUGCGAGUUGUGCUGCUCUGCUUUAUACGCUCGCGUAUCGGUAUUUUUUUUUCCACGGUGACGAUGACGACAGUGUACAACUGCUUCGAAAUAUCUACGCUUACAAAAUUGAAAAUAAUGUUACAGUAACGGUGUAGUGUGUGUUUGUUUGGUUUGCUUCGCAUUCACAGACGCUGCCGAAGCGUAUUUUCCAAGUUGUUCGAUUUUUCCUUCGCCUCCGGUUGUAAUAAGUACGUACGUACACACGUACGUACGUUUAUAUACUAUUGUGUACAUAUGUCUACGUACUACGUAGUGCGUGUAAUGUGAAUUCGAUUGCAAUUUCGUAAUUCGUACGCGUGAUUCGUAUCAUCGAGUCGAGCUGUUUUGUGUGCCGACGGUAGUGUUUUCUUUUCUUGGAGGAGUCAAAUUCCGGCAUUGUCAUCUCAAUCAUCUGUGGCCUGUGGCGCGUGUAGUCGGCGUUUUCGCAUUGCACUGCACAGUAUGUUUUGGUUUUAGUGCUGCGUGGCGCGACUACGGUAACGGUGGCAGCGCGCAACAGCAGCAGCAGCAGCAGUAGUAGCGGCAACAGCGACGGCACGUAUUUUGCGAAUUUGUGAUAACGCAAACACCUCGCUCGCUCGCAGGUGUCGACCGUGCGUGUGCGUACGUGCGGUGCGUCAGUGUUGCGACGUCUGUAAUGUUAUUGCGGUAUUCGUUAUCGUUGUCGUUAUCCUCGUUUUUGUGUAGUGUGUGUACUAUCAACAAUCCAAUUAUUAUUCAACGUUACUAUUCGUCGAUCAUCUGCUGCGGCCUGCGUCGAAAUAGUACUCUUCCUAAUUCCUAUGUUGUUAAUGUUGUUGAUGUUUAACGCCGUCGUGCUUUUCCCACAAUCAUCGCUCAUGUGACGUGUUGCGCGGUAAAUCAUCGUAAGACACAAAACACGACGUAUGCCAUUGCCAUUCGCGAUUCGUCGUCAUCAUCAUUAUCAUCAUCAUCAUCGGUGUCAGUUUGCGCGUUACUUCUUCAGCCAUUAUCUACGUGAUUUCCGUCGAAGAAAAUGCAUUGCAAAUGCUGCGACUGUGUGAUUUGAAACGCUAAAACAGUACUGCGCAGCUAUACCUCAUCGUCAUUGGAAACCAACCGGCAAAAAUAGCAUGAAAGAUAUGGGUCCGGAUAUGAUUGCUCCUUCGGCCAAAAAAUUAUGGGGCGUAGAAGAAGCGAAGGAAGAUGGACCUAAAGGUAUAUUGAAUAUGAACGGAGGCGAUAUACCGUGCGGAUCCGUCUGGAGAGAUUCGACAUGGAGCACAUCAGAACACGGAGUCUCGCAACCGUUGAUGGUGACCAGAAGAUCGGGCAGUUUUCCAGCCGGAGAAUCGGCCGGCAGUAUUUUAUCGCCGAGAUCUUCGGAAACUGGCGGCUUAGGUGUAAAAAUGGUGGAAUACGUUCUAGGCACGUCGCCUACCAGUAAAGAUUUGGAACCACGAAUGAAAGGCUUGGUAUUGAAUUCUAACGACGCUGGCAACGCGGAUUUGAAAAAAGAGAAAGACAAAGGACCCGCUUCGCCGUACGAUAAUCUAAACGCGAAAAAAGAGCAAGAAAACGGACCGAAUUGCGCUUCUGUAUUGCAGCAGAAUGGUAUCGUCGUUAUGCAGAAUGGCGGUCUAGAUGACGACAAAGCUUUCAACCGAACUCCGGGCAGUCGACAACCGUCUCCGUCGGACGAAGAAUUGACGAAAAAUAUGGCGGUAGCGGCAGUAACCGGCGGCGCUGGCGGUGCCGGCGUCGGUGGCAAUAACGUCGUCGUCGUCGAAAAUUUACACGCCCAUCAUCCACAUUCCUUGUUGAAUCACCAUGCCGUACCAUUACCUAUACCUCCGCCACACCAUCAUCCGCAGCAUCAUCAACUAAAUCAAUUAGAAUCGAUCGGACAUCAAUUCACCGAACAGAUCAUCAAUUUGGAACAGAACGCCUUCGACGCGCAUCAAGCCGCCGUCAAUCAGCAACAACUCAAUCAUCAGUUGAAUCAUCAGCCGACCGGAAUCGAUUCGUCCAAUGUGGUGUCGUUCGACGUACAGCAAUUAUUCCGUUCGCAGCAGCAGCAACAGCAACAACAAGCUGCCGCCGCGGCCGCCCUAUCGGCGGCGGCGGCCGCCGCCGCAAAUACGCCGGCGCAGCUGCAAUUACUGCAACAACAGCAAUACCUACAACAGCAGCAGCUAGCCGCAGCCGCAGCCGGUUUAGCGCCUACCACUUUCGCAACCGCUCCUCCCACGCCUUAUAUAAUCAAUCCUCAAGAGCCGUACGUCAUCGCCGGAGCGACGGUGUUGCCGCAGUAUUACGGCGUUCCAUGGGGCGUGUAUCCGGCCAACAUCAUACAACAAGGAGCGACCACGAAUACGCAGCAAAGGAGACCGCUGACGCCGUCGUCGGCGGCCACCGAAACGGCCAAUAAUCUGGCGGCCGCAGCGGCCGCCGCCACCGUUCAACCCAGUCCGUACGUCAUACCCGCCUAUUACGAUCAGAACGGAUCGAUCGUCAUGAGAGGCAUCAGUAACGGCCCUACCAUGAGAUUGGUCUCUCCGGCUCCCGUACUCGUUAAUCCCUCGAAUCCAGGAAAUGGUGUACGAUUAUUGGGUAGUCAACCGCAACAAAUCGGCACUCCGCCGUCUUCGAUUUAUAGUAACGCGCAAAGUGCAUCUCUUUAUACGGCAGCACCAUCUACAAACGGUACAGGAUUACAAGACGUUUCGUUGGGAUUGGGUUUGAAUUCGAAUACGACGGGCAGAAGAGAUUCGUUCGAUCGAAAUACGUCGGCAUUUUCACCUUCGGUAGAAUACGCCAGACCAAAAUGGCCUCAGACGCAUCAACCUUACAGCGCACUAGGUGCUUCGGUUACUGCCUGUCAGAGUCCUUUGGACUUGACGUCGUCAUCUAUCACGCCACCCCCCUCCAUCGGUACGGCUGGAUUACAAUUGGGAGCGUUGAUGGCCAAUAACUCCAGUCCUAGCAGAAAUAUUUUACCAGCUACCGCUCCCAGUGCCGAAGCUUUAUCCAAAUUUAGAUCGAAUUAUAAUCUAACGGCGAACGGGACGAUAUUCGGCGCAGCGACGACGCCGACCAAUUCGUUAUUCACCAAGCUGGGAGUUCGAGGCAGUACGCCUUCGUUGACCGGUUCGGCUAUCACGUUGGACAAUGGUAAACCGGUGACCGGACGCAGUCGAUUGCUGGAGGACUUUAGAAAUAGUCGGUAUCCUAGUUUACAAUUGAGAGAUAUACAAAAUCACAUCGUGGAAUUCUCGCAAGACCAGCACGGCUCUCGAUUCAUUCAACAGAAACUGGAACGCGCUUCGGUGGCCGAGAAACAGCUCGUCUUCUCGGAGAUCGUGUCGGCCGCCUACAGUCUCAUGACGGACGUAUUCGGAAAUUACGUCAUACAGAAGUUUUUCGAAUUCGGCACGCCCGAGCAGAAGGCGACGUUGGCUCAGAAGGUUCGAGGACACGUAUUACCUUUGGCGCUGCAAAUGUACGGAUGCAGAGUCAUACAAAAAGCAUUGGAAUCCAUUUCGGGCGAGCAACAAGUGGAGAUUGUCAAAGAAUUAGACGGCCACGUGUUGAAGUGUAUCAAAGACCAGAACGGCAAUCACGUCGUGCAAAAGUGUAUAGAAUGCGUCGAUCCGCACGCUUUGAAUUUCAUCAUCAGCGCUUUCCAAGGACAGGUAUUCUCGCUAUCCACUCAUCCUUACGGUUGCCGAGUCAUACAGCGCAUCUUGGAGCAUUGUCUGCCCGAACAAACCGCUUCCAUUCUGGAAGAAUUACAUCAAAAUACCGAACAGCUAAUUCAAGAUCAGUAUGGAAAUUACGUUAUUCAACACGUGUUAGAACACGGUAAACAAGAAGACAAAUCCAAAUUAAUCUCGUCAAUCAAAGGCAAAGUAUUGGUGCUGUCGCAGCAUAAAUUCGCUUCGAACGUUGUAGAAAAGUGCGUUACGUACGCGACGCGGGCCGAAAGAUCCACAUUAAUCGACGAAGUUUGCGGAUUCAAUGACAACGGUUUACACAUUAUGAUGAAGGAUCAAUACGCCAAUUACGUUGUUCAAAAAAUGCUGGACGUUUGCGAGUCGAGUCAGCGUAAAGUAUUGAUGAAUAAAAUCAGGCCUCAUUUUACAUCGCUAAGAAAAUACACGUACGGUAAACAUAUUAUCGCGAAACUGGAGAAAUACUUCUCGAAGAGUCCGUCGACAACGGUCACCGAUCUCGGACCUAUCGGACCUCCGACUAAUGGUAUCUUGUAACUAUAACAUGUUCCAUAAAACUACGUAUCGACUUACCUAUACCUCCUAUAGACCCUAUAUAUUACGCUAUAAUAUAUAAUUAUAACAUCGUAACGCUGAAAAAAAGAAGAAAAAAAAUCAAAUACCUUGCGAAAAAAGAGAAUGACGCCUUCGUCAUCUGGAGGCUUUCAUUUUUCUUUUUGUUUUCUUUAUUGUACGAGAAAAAUGUCAACUAUACCGUGUGUUUGUGUGGCUACUUGCUAUUUAUACGGGUUUACAUACGCGUAUAUUUUUAUAUGUCGUUUUUAUUAAUUCGGUUACGCUAUAUUACGAUAUAAUUUGGUAGUUUUAUUAUAAAUAAUUAUUAUAGGUUUAUACGAAUAUUUAUCUUUACGGUAGUAGUGUUAUACAACUAUAUGGAUAGGUUUUUCCGCGUAAAUCCUGUCGCCCAUUUUCUUCCUUCGUCUUUUCCCCACCGCCACCGCCACACCAGAGCUUCAUUUAUAGUUUCUUGUUCGUUAAUCGUUUCAACAUCCGAUCCACUAUCGCUAUCGCUAUUCUAAUCGACCACGGAUAUGUUUCCGUUUCUGUUUCUGUUUCUGUUUAUAUUUGUGUUGUAAAUGUCAGUGUGUGAGUGUGAGUGUGAUACGACGUGUUAUGUUAUAUUUUUUUUCUGUUUUCGUCCGCUCGAUAGCGGUAUUUUGCUACUGUACGUUCAAUUGCCGGUGUACGAGUAUAUUGCCUGAAAGGUGCGCAGUGUUGUUUCUUCAAAAAAUGAUUAGAUUAAAUCAUUGAAAGUUGAGCAUUCGCGUUCCCGUUGGAAAUUCUCUCUUACUCUCCACUUUCUUCUUUCUAUUUGCCCCCCCCCCCCUACUCCUCCUCCUCCUCCUCCUCACCACGAAUUAUUAGUCGAAUGCUCGACGAAAAUGAUGGAAGUAAUGCAGUCAAAAUGAUAACAUUGAUGUGUAGACGUAGAUGCAAGUAGUAAAUAUAUGUUAUAGGUUAUAGGUACUCGUAAUAAGCAAUAAGCAAUAGGCAGUAGAUGAUGGUACAUCCGCAUACCUAGGUUAUUUUAUUACGUUUAAUAUUUAUUCAGUACGAUGCCAGUUGACGAAAUCGUUCGAUAUUUGGCUGCAGAAAAUUGACGACUAGGUAAAUAGGCUGAUACGAGACUUUGGUUACGAUUUCAUCGAGAUUUGAAUUUUUUUACUAUUCCUUCGUGUACAAAAUUUAAAUGGACUUUCGGUAGUGCCUACCCUACGUACAGUCGUACAACCUACGUGUUUUUCCACGCGCAAUUGUGCAAUGAUCGAAUGAUGCGCGUGAAAAAGAUUAAUUUUAUAGCUCAUUUUUUUCUAGAUGCAUUUUGUGUUUUGUUGCAUUUGCGCGGCUUUCGUAGCUUUAGUUGUUUUUCGACGUUGUACCUACUUGUAAGUACAUAUACAAUCGUAUGAUACUGAAAUCGAGUAUGGUAAUAAAUUUUAACGGUGACGUUUUCGAUGAUCGAGCCGAGCGACGCGACUAAAUAACGCGUUUCGCUUUUCAUACGUGUUGAACUUAUACGUACAUCUACACACCUACGAGUAAUUACCUAUGUAGAUGACAGAUGUACAUACUACUCUACACAUCUAAGCAUUUAUUAUGUACUAUUACCCUGAAUUGUAACGAGUGCAUUUUAAUUGUUGGUUUUAUUAAUAUUAUAUACCUAAAUAUAAAUACUGUAUUCGCAAUAUUAAGCAUUUAAGAGUAACGAAUCUAGAGAUAACUUCAUUCUCGACGAAUCUUUUUUCAAUGUUUAUCGCUACGCGAAGGUUUUGAAUAUACAUACCACAUAUGUACGUUACGUUUUACGUUUACCUACGUAUUAUGUAAUCGAGAAUCGAGUUGAAUAGAUCGGCCGGGUCGUACUAGCUAUCGAAGUAUCGAUAUACUGGAUUAUUUACGUUUACGUUUUUUUAUUCGUAGUGUGUGGCCACGGGUGAGGCAGCGGCGUUAUAAAGAGUUUUUUCUCACUUUCGAUUUAGCGCGUCGUUAGAAACCAUAAAAAUCAAACUCGGUGGCGCGAUUUUUUUUAAAAAGUUGUUAAUGUCGACGCGAGCGAAACCAAAAUCUAAUAACGAUCACAUUCCCAUUUUGUUGUUGGUCGUUUGCGUUCUCGCGAACGCUUAUCAGUAAACUUGCAUAACGACUCCCGGAACAGUUGCGCCAUUUUUACGAGGAAAUUCUCUUUCGAAACGCUGCCGCCGCGCCGCUACUGCUGCCGAACAGUUGGUAAUCGAUUUUCAACGAGGUGUAAACAGAGGCACAUUCCACGAGAAUUUUCUCCUCUAAAAUAUUGAUAAAGUAGUGUUAGAUAUUGGAAUUUUGAUCGCGGUAAUAUUGACGUAUAAACGAGUACGAAUUUUUUAAAACGACGGAUAGAGUUAAAAUUAGGUAUUAUAAUAAAUUUGCAACAUUUUUUGAUAAUUAUCCGUUUUAAAAAUAAGAUAUCCAUUACUAAUCUAAAUCAUCGUUUGUAAGUUGAUGUUGUCAUCGUCAUACCUAUUAAUUUAUUUUAUUUUCGUUUACUUUUCUUUUCUUUUCUUUUCUAUUCUUUUUUUUUUUUUUUUUUUUAAUUUCGUUUCUCGAUAACGAUACACUACGUUCUUCUUUCAUUUUGUUUCCCCCGCCCCUCACCGUCUUCUUGUAGUAUUCCCGCGUGGAUUCAUUUAUUUACACGUUGAUUGGUUUUUAUUUGUACUAUGUUUCGGUAUUGUGUCGUCGGUGUAAUGUGUGAUAAUGUAAAAAAAAUUGUGAAAAUAGUGUUUCUCACUUUGUAAGUACGAGUACAUACGAUAAUAUUUUUCGAACGCUUUUUAUUCCGGUAUUUAUUAUUAUUACGCAAUAGUCGUAAUAUGUCUGCUGCAAAAAGUGGCUUUUUAUUUGAAAAAAUUGAAAAAAAAAAUAGUAAUAAUACCUAGUAAUAUAUUAUUCGGUGUAUAUAAAGUUCAGCGAUGUAGGUAAUUGUGUCGUUGUAUAUUACAAACUUGACAUUUUUUUUCCUCUUUUAAUUUUCAUAUUUAUUUAUUUUUGAUUUAUGUUAUUAGUUAUUUUACGAACUCUUUUUUCCUGUUUUAUUUUUCUCCCUUUUUCUUCUUUUGUUUGUAAUAUUCUGAUGGAAAUAUGUAUAUUUGUUUAUCGAACGUUGAAAAGAUAUGUGAAAUACGCGAAGAACAAACAUAUUUUAGACUACGUGUGUGUGUGUCUGUGUACAAAGCGCAAAAAAACCAUGUUAAUAUAAAAAUGUAAUUAAUUGAUGAAAAAAAAAAUACCUAUUUUAUUAUUUUGCAAGACUGACGUGUAUAAAUGAAAAAUGCCAAGUGUAAAAUUUUGUAUGUAUUUGCGAGAAAAAAUUUUUUUCAUUCGAACGUGUAUAUUUACGCGAACCGAGAUCUCUUUAUGAAGUUAUUCCGAAGAAUUUUCCGCCUUUUUCUUUUCCUUUGUUUUAUUAUUUAUUUUAUUUUAUUUUAUUUUAUUUAUUUAUGUUCUUUCUUUUUUCUUUCUUUCGUUUUAAAAACAGUUAAUACGAUUAUUUUGACCAGAAAAAUUUGUUGUAUUGUCGUGGUUAUGUUUACGUUCCUGUUUAGCAAUAUUGUAUAAGAUUAAUUUUACGCGCCUUUUGUGUAAAUUCAAUUUUUCUACUAAGAGUUUGGUUUUCGUUUUCGUUUGCUGAGCCGCGUUUCUAGACGAUUUGUCAUUUUUAUUAGGUAUACAUUUACAUAUAUAUAUAUUACAUAUAGAUACGCGGUAUGCUUUCGAUUUAUGUAUUUUAAUUACCCCGUUUACGGGUUAGCUUUUAUUUGUGAAGGCUUCAUGGAGUUGAAUCGCGUAUUUAUUGCUACUACUACUACUACUACUGGUACUUCUACCUAGCCUGGCCUGGCCUGGCCAUAACGUCGAAAUUGCGCUGAAAAAGGGCGGUUAUUUAAAUGUCAUUUUUUCGUAGUUUAGAUAGUGAAUUUGCUACAACGGACUCUGGUUUUAAGACGAAUUUUAUUUUAAUUUCUGUUUUCGGCAUCGAUUAAUAUUAUUACCUACCUAUGAUUUGUGUGUGGUUUGUUUUUUUUUUUUUUUUUUUUUUUUUUUUGGAAAUUCGUUGUACCUAAUAAGACGUAUUUACGUUUAAUUCAGAACUAAAGCGUGCGAGUCGUGGCUUCUGUGCAAAAAUCGUAUCUUCCCAUAUUAUGUUUCAUGUGCUGUGCAGUGUUUGUGUAAGCGUUGACGACUGACGUGUAUUUGCAAGCAGACUUUAUUUCUACCAGUUUUGAAAUUAUUUUUUACUCACUUUUCAAACACGUAUUUAUUCUGAAAAAAAUUACGACUUGGCACGUGUAAAAUUGUAGGUAAUUGCCGCGUGCGUACGCGUACAUGGAUAGUUAGGUUUCAUCAUUCAUGACAAUAGCGUACCUACGUAUAAUACGUAUAAGUACUUAUUAACUUUUUUCAUUUUAUUUGCCCAUCAUCUGUUUUCUUCCAUGAAGUCACUUUUGUCGCUUUUACAUUUUAGCAGCGGAUCAUGUUCAGCUGCCAGCUUCUUUUUAUUCUGUUUUUGUAUAUGUUGAUGAUUAUGUUCGCGCGAUUCAUUUUAUUUUAAAUCGAUUGCAUGUAUAGUUUUAAUUAUUUAUGUAUAAUUUUUUUUCUUUCUUUUGAAAAAUAAUGAUUGUCAAUAAUGUAAUAACGAUUUAUAUAAUCUAUUUGGUUUUUUUUUCUUUCAUCUUUCUUUAUGGAAAUGUAUAGCAUUGUAGUUUUUAUGUGCCUUUUAUAAUUUUUAACGUAUUGAAAAAAUAAACUGUAAGUAUUUCAUUUA